AUGCUCCGCAUUCAUCAAAGAGUCAUGUGGGCUUCUACGCCUGUGGCCAGCGCGGUGCUUGUGCUUGCUGCAGUGCUGGUACUGUUCCCCGGAAGCACGGCUGCGGAGCCCGCCUACGCAGCUCGCGCCACCGCUGCUGGCUCCACGUGCGACAGCCGCACCCAUGUCUACUACCAUCCCGAUGGGCAGGACUACCGUGGCACGGUGAACGUGACCGAGAGUGGUAUUCCGUGCCAAAUGUGGUCUUGGGGGACUCCACACAGCCACAUGAUUCCACUUGACUCUGCCACUGGAGUGGGAAGCCACAACUACUGCCGCAACGCUAAUGGACUGGAGCGGCCUAGCUGCUUCGUUGCCACCCCCGGUGGCGGCUACCAGUUUUGCGCGAUCGGGGGCGUCUGCACGGAGCGUUCUUUUGCGAAGCCGACGGUGCAGUUCUGGCCUGUGAGCGGGACUCAGAUCGCCGCCGAUGGAGGUAGCAACUACGUGGCUCUUAGCUGCUACCCCCGACCGUGCAGGAUCCACUACGUGCUCGGCGCUGAGGCGCUCGCAUCGGCAACGUCGCCCGUGUAUACCCAGCCAAUCUUGCUCGAGGGGUCGACGACAGUGAAGGCGUACGUGAUGUACGAGACGGCGGACCCGAUGCGAGUGCAGGCGUGGUGCACUGUGAUACCAGCCACAACAGCGGCCCCAGACAGCUCGACACGGUUCAUUCCCAGCGAUGCCGCCGCGUACCACUACCCCAUCUUUGUAGAGCUGCAGGGUGCCACGAAUGCUAGCCACGUACUUCUCUAUUGGAACGACGACUUGGUGAACCCCACCACGUACACAGGCGGUGUUUUUCGCCCGAAGACCUCGACGAGCAUCGUGGCGGUAGUGAACAGCACCCACUUGGUGGCCGCCAGCUACAAGCUGAAUAUUACGGCACCGCCUCUGCAGGUCUUCCCGCCCUCUGGCACCUAUCUUGGAGGCGUGAGCGUGCUUGUCGUGGACCCGCAGUCGCCAGCGAUGUACUACAUGUACGUGAACCGUUCUGCCGAGUGGGAGUCACUAGAUGCGCUUCUUUUCCCAUGGACUGCCAUCGGCACCAGCGAGCCUGGCGCGUACACGGUAACGUGCCCCUACGCAGACGAUUUGAAGGCGACGCAUGCGACGACGGGGAUCCUGCAGUGGGUCGCUGUGCCGAUGCAGCUGCCAACCUUCACCCCCGCGUGCGGCACCAACUUUCCGGCUAUCGCACUCUCGUUGCAGGUGGGAUUGAGCGUGUCGAGCUUGCCGCGGGGUGGUCUGGCCACGUUGUGGUUUGUCUCCGCCUCGGCAACCGAUGGGGCACGCAUCCCCAUGAUCACCCGAUCCACCGAUGAUGACGGCGUCUUUGUGUACGAUAUCUUUCAGAGCAAAUCGAUCCAGGUGCCCACCACGAUGGAGGUGUACGUGACGUCACGCUCGUUAGAUCCCCUCGAGGCGGACAGUCCACAGGCCACGUGUGCAUACUCUCUCUACCCUCUAGGCGCGUCAACCACGCCGUACUUCUCAGCGAUUCCCAACUGUGCCACGACGAGUGUGCCGGUGAGCCCGUCCUGCGUUAUGGCACUCAGGCUGCAGCUUGCCUCAUGCCUGCACUUCUACACCACCGAGUUGCUCUCGAUAGAUUGCAUCGGUCCGAUAGUGUUGAUGCGCAUGACGGGCUUAGCGGCGGCGAUUCAGUCGGACAUGUACACCCGCAUGGGUGCGUGUCUCGCUGAUCUGCAGCGCCGCGGUGUCUUCUCAGACGUGCGCAAUGAAACAAGCGGCGAGAUGGUGCUGGCGAUGUCGUGGCACGUGGCCACGCCAACACACAUGGCGGCGCAGGUCUAUAGAGGGCUACCAACUACCGUGCACAUAACCGGCUUCCACGCCGAGGCAGGAGCGUACCACCUGGUGCGCAGCGACGACAACUGCGAGGAUCUCGGCGUGCUGCCCGAGACCACUCUCUCGCGGCCCCCGUAUGCCACGGCAGCCGCCGGGUCGUCGCCUGUUUCGCCCAGCAGUGCCGGCUCCAUUUACCUCACCUUUCGGGUGCCCUUCGCGGGGCAGUACAAGCUCUGCAGCUAUAUCAGCGACUCCCUCUACGAAGUGCCCUUCAGCUCCUCUGAGGUUGGCGCUGCCACCCCCGCGGUCACCCAGUACUUGGAUGUGGUGGUGCAACCGUGGCUCAUUGUGUCCGCCACGCCGGCUGAGGAGCGCGGGGGUCUCGUGCCGUAUGAUAUGGAGGGGGUUCCUUUCGCCCUUUCCAUGGCCACCACUCCGGCGGGCGCGUACGCGUCCUUGGCGUACUCGUCCAACAGCGCAGACUGGCAGUCAGUGCCAUUCCCGAUCGAUGUGACGACGAAUCUUGGUGGCGCUGUGUCGGUCAGCGUCGGCCCCCUGAACCAUCAAACGCGGCCACUCGAGGUGCUUGACGCUUCUCUCGUCCCCGCAAGCGGUGCUGCGCAGACAUCUCUCUUUGUCUCUGCCGCGAAUCCAUUGGUGCAGCGAGAGCGCAUCACUUACCUCUUUUACACGGUGAGCGCUAGCGAGGUGCCUGCGCCCCUGACAGGGGUGAUGCUGCUGCUGCAAGGCCAGUUCCAGCCAGAUGAACUCAUCGUGAUCGAUGUAUAUGAGAAUGUCUCAUUGACCACCGCAGGCGACAGAGCAUCCUUCUCGCUGCAGCUGCUGCGCCGUGUGACGGCACGGCCUUCCGCGGCAACGGCGUACACAGUGGCUUUGCCAGACGCCGUCCUCGGCCUGCCUGCCGGUCUGCAACACAUACCGUACGUGGUCUACGCAACGCUUGAUGGCGCUCACGUAACGACGUCCCCGCUGUCAGUGGCACUGUCGCCGUUGGCACUCGCCAUGACAUCCUGCACGACGUGCUCCUCCAGGCUCUGCUACAACGAGUAUUGCUUGUGCAAGAACAAGCGUACGAAGGUGGUCUUUAUUUGUGAGACGGACAGCGGUGAAAGCGGCAGUAACGACAGCGGAGACUUACCAGAUGGGAGCGGUUCUAAGUCAUCGUCUUCUACCUCCGACUCUGGCGACGACAACGAUAUAAAGCCUGCGACCAUGAGUCAGAGACUGGCGUUUUUGUUCGCCUACUUAGGUUUGCUAGCGCUCAUUGGGGGGUACAUUUUAAUCUCCAUGAGGCGCAGCGGCACUCGCCGCGAACGAGCUCUACACGCGCAAGACAUUUCCAUAGAAAGCUCGUAA